UUUCAGUUUCCCUGCAAUUUAGUUUUACGUUUUCUGUUGAAAAAGUAUUGUAUAAAAAGUAUACGUCUAAAUUUCGUUCGAAAAUGGGUAAGAAAACGAAAGUGGGAAAAGCCCGUAAGGAUAAAUUCUACCAUCUGGCCAAGGAGACAGGCUAUCGGUCGCGUGCGGCCUUCAAACUGAUCCAGCUGAAUCGCAGCUAUGAAUUCCUGCAGAAAUCCCGUGUUCUCAUCGACCUGUGCGCGGCUCCCGGUGGCUGGCUGCAAGUGGCCCGCCAGUUUAUGCCCGUGUCCAGUAUAAUCGUCGGUGUCGACUUGGUCCCCAUCAAACCACUGCCCAAUGUCAUCACCUUCACGGAUGAUAUCACGACAGAGCACUGCAAACAGAAAAUUCGCCACGAGCUGAAGACGUGGAAGGCCGACGUGGUGCUGCACGACGGCGCCCCCAACGUGGGCAAGAACUGGCUGCACGACGCCUUCGCGCAGGCCCGCCUGACGCUGUCGGCCUUCAAACUGGCCAGCGACUGUCUGGCCAAGGGCGGCUGGUUCAUCACCAAGGUCUUCCGCUCCAAGGACUACCACGCCCUGCUGUGGGUCUUCAAGCAGUUCUUCCGCAAAGUGGUCGCCACCAAACCGCCGGCCUCCCGCAACGAAUCCGCUGAGAUCUUUGUGGUGUGCAGCGGCUAUCUGGCUCCGGAUAAGAUUGAUCCCCGCCUGCUGGAUCCCAAAUCCGUCUUCCAGGAUGUCGACGGCCAGCUGGAGGAGGGAGAAGUCGACCCGGUCAGCGGGAAACGUAUGACCGGUGCGGCCAAACUCAGUCUGCUGAUGCAUCCGGAGAGGAAGAAGAAGUCCGCGGAAGGCUACGGCGACGGGAAGAUGCUGCUAUUGGAGCGCUUACGCGCGCAGGAUUACAUCGAUGCCGAUGACGAUCGCAGCAAGGAGCUGCUGUCAGCCUGCCACGAGAUCGUCAUCGACGAUGAGCUGAAGAAAAAUCCGGCGACGACGGAAGAAGUCAUUCUCGGCUGCCAGGAUAUCAAAGUGCUCGGUCGACGCGAGCUGAAGAUUAUCAUGGCCUGGCGGAAUAAACUCCGACGACAGAAAGAGAAAGCGGCUAAAGAAGCGGCCGCCAAGUCAGCCCCCGCCGAAACCGCCGCGAUAACCAUCCAGCCGCCCGAAGACGACGAAGAGACCGCCAUCCAGAAGCAGAUUGACGCGCUGGCCGAGGAGGAACGCCUGGAAGCCCGGCGUAAACGCAAGAAGAUCAACAAACUCCGCCGCCAGCUGCAGGAACGCAUGAACCUCAAAAUGGUCAUCCCGGGUGACAGUCUCCUGCCGGAGGACGGCACGGAACAGUCCCUCUUCGCCCUGGACACCAUCCACUCCAAGAAGGGUUUGGAGAAGGUCGUUCCGGAAGCGGAGGAACUCGCCGAUGAUGUCUCCGACGAUAACAGCGAUGGUGAGGAGAAUCCGCUGUUGGUGGAGCGGGAGACACGGGCCUCCCGGAAGGAGCGCAUGAUGGAGGAGUGGUUUGAUAAGGAGAUCUUCCGGGGUGUGGAUUGGGAAGGCCGGACGGCGUCCAAGGAAGAGAAGGCGGAGAGGAUGGAGGAGGAGAGUGACAGUGAGGAGGAGAUGGAGUUUGAGGUGAUUCAGGAGAAGGACGAGGAAGUGGAGGAGAAACCGGUGGUCAAGCUGGAUCCCGAGGGGUUUGCCCUGGCCGAGGAGCUGAUCAAGUCCCGGAAGAGGAAGCGGGAGAUUAUCGAGGCCGGGUUUCAUCGCGAAGCCUUCAACGAGCCCGACUCGGCGCUGCCCUCGUGGUUCGUGGACGAUGAGAAAAAGCACUGCCGCAAAUCCGCCGUCGACCACGGCCUGAUCACCAAAGAACAAGUGGCCACCUACAAAGACCAACUGAAAGCCAUCGACGCCCGCCCCAUCAAGAAGAUCGCCGAAGCACAGGCCCGCAAGAAACGCCGCGCUGUGAAACGGCUGGAGAAGGCGCGGAAGAAGGCCGGCAAGGUGCUGAGCGAGGAGGGCCAGUCCAGUCAGGAGAAGAUCCAGCAGCUGAAGAGCAUCUACAAGAAGGCCGCCGGCAAGGUCAAACGCAAGGCCCCCACGUUGGUCGUGUCGAAAAAGGGCGGCGGGGCCUCGCGGCCGGAAAAGCGGGAGAAAGGCAGUCGCAUUAAGGUGGUGGACCGGCGGAUGAAGAAGGACAUUCGCGGGAUGAAGCGGGCGGAGAAGGCUAAGAAGAAGGUCGGGGCCAAGGGCCGCGGGAGGAAAUAGUCGGGUGGUUGUUGAAGAUUGUGUUAUUCUAAAUGUGUUGUUGGGUUAUAGUUCAUACAUUGCGCUAUUUUCAGGUGCGUUAAAUCUUUAUCGGUGUGUCGAUGUUAGUUCGACAUUAUAAAUGUUAUUGGUUUUCAUUUUGCUGUUAGAAAGUGUUAAAUAAAAAAAGGAAGUGAAUAUGCCGCUUGCUUCUAG